UGGGCCAAUGACCGGCUCGCAGAAAGGACUGCAAAUCAAGGAGAUUCUCUCAUUUUUUGUCGUUAAGAACACUUUACUGUUCUGAGAAGUUGUUAAUAUUUAUUUGGUGAAUAUUGCGGCAUGGCGUUGAAUCCACGUGACAUGGAUGGCUUUAUGCCUCUGCUAUCCACUUCAGACAUAAAAACAAAAAUGACUGUGGGUAAUAAUCUGUUGAAUUACCUCAGCGAUCCCAAUAACAGCAUUGAGUGUCAGGACAUUGGAUUGUUCAUUGAUCAUAUCAUCUCGUGGCUGCACAAUGGCAAUGCCAAGAUUGUCCAAAAUGGUCUGGAAAUAUUGACCCAGAUAGCGGAUAGAAUAGGACAUGACUUUCGACCUUAUCUCACAACUAUUAUUCAGCCGACGAUUGACAGAUUAGGUGACAGUAAGGAUACGACGCGGGAAAAAGGACGUUUGGUACUUUUAAAAUUGAUGGAGAAAGGAAGCAUGACACCACAACAGCUUCUGGACAAACUGCACACUGCAUUCAGUCAUAAGAAUGCGAAACUGAGGGAAGAGUCACUUAUCUUACUGAGUACUACACUUGAUGAACAUGGUGCCGACGACAUGGCCUUAUCAGCAGUGAUUCCCAGCAUUGUCAAACUUCUAUCAGAUCCUAAUGAGAAAGUCCGAGAAACAGCAGUCACUACAGUGGUUAAUAUUUACAGACAUGUUGGAGAAAAAUUUCGAAAUGACUUACAGCGCAAACACAAUCUACCACAGGCGAAAUUGCAGCUCUUAGUGGAGAGAUUUGAACAAGUGAAGGCUGAUCACGAUUUCCUGCCAAUGGCAACGACAUCCGAACUUGGUAGAGAAAAUGAUGAACCUGAUAGAGUUGUGAGUGUGAGAUCAGUACCAGUUAAACGAGUAAAAACUGUUCUUCAAAAGAAAAGUCAAUUUGGUCCAGCCUCCAAAGGACUCCCAGUAGUGGGUGGAGCUGGUGCAAUAGAUGAAGAGACUUUUGUCACAGCAUUCGAGGACGUGCCGAGUGUCCAUUUGUUCUCACCACGUGAUCUAGAGGAUCAAAUUAAAGUCAUUCGAGAAACUAUCGGUGAUGAUAAAAAAGACUGGAACCAAAGAAUUGACAGUCUAAAAAAAUUGCGGGGAAUAAUUUUGGCUGGUGGUGCAAGUAACGAGACUUUCAUGGAACACCUCAAGAGUCUACAGAACAAUUACGAGGGUGCAAUUACAGACUUGCGGUCACAGGUUGUUAAAGAGGCUUGUAUAACACUUGCCUUCUUGAGUCGACAUCUCAAGAACAAAUUUGCUGCUUUCGUUGAGCCCCUGCUCGGAUCCCUCAUGAAUCUCAUACAAAAUAGCGCUAAGAUAAUGGCCACGUCAGGAGCGGUGGCCCUUCGUUUUAUUCUCCAGAACACACAAAGUGCUCGUUUUAUACCCAUAAUCUCUGCCUCAUUGUCCAGUAAGAGUAAAGACAUUAGGAGAGCAGCGUGUGAGUAUGUGGCAUUGAUGCUUCAGGGCUGGCCAACGACACUCUUGCAGAAACAUAUGAAAAUACUGCAGGAAACUAUUGGAAAAGGUGUGGCCGACUCAGACUCUGAGGCUAGGGUGUUCGCUAGAAAAGCAUAUUGGGGAUUCCGAGACCAUUUCCCAGAUCAAGCGGAGGCCCUUCUCAACACAAUGGACACCAAUUGCAAACGUACAUUACUAUCCCAAAGCAAUAGCGGUAGCGUCAACAGUCUAAAUGCAGUAACCCGAACUUCCUCAAUACCUCCACGACCCACUAGACCCACCAUAAGUGCAACAGGCCGUGUUGCGCAGGGACCUCGCUCUAACAGUGCUAUUGACCUGAAUGCCGCUAGAAGAGCUCAGGCAAGAGCUCUCUAUGGUAAUCUUAAUCGCAGCAAAGCUAUUUCUCCUCGAUCAGUUCGACCUUUAGAUACAACAGCCACUGCAAGUCCUGAGAGGAGUGCCAGAACGAAAACUCGAGUUUCAGGUGUUUCGCAAUCCCAGCCAAGUAGUAGAUCAUGUUCACCGUCAUCAAGGCUCAGUUACGCAACGUACAAUAGGGAUGGAGAAUCUUUAGUUCCUAGACCCAGGAGAUUAUCUGGUCAAGGCAUGAGAAGCUCUGAAAAUAGUCGUGAUCCUAGUCCCCAGAGAUUUGGCACCUUGGGAACCAAAUUAAGGAGUAGAAAUAUUUACGUAUCACCUCGAGUGCCAGUGAUGGCUGAAAAAAUGCUGCAACGUUCCAGAGAAGCAGAAUCAGCUUUGGCUGAUGCUCUCUCCUUUGAUACCAAUGAUCAUCAUCACUCGAGGUCCCAACGAAAAGGGGAUCACAGUGAUGAGAGUGAGACUAGCAGCAUAUGUUCUGAGAGGAGUAUGGAUAAUUUCCGUAGACCAAGUGAUUCGUAUUCGUGGAGCGGUUCACAGCAGAGACUCUACCGUGAUUUGUGGGAGCCCUCAGUCCCAAAGGACAUCAAGGAAAUAAUAGAAUACUGCAACAGAAAACACUGGGGGGAGCGUAAAGAAGGGCUGAUCGAUCUUCAGCAGUUUCUCGCGAAUGGAAAUACGUUAACAGCAACAGAAUUGCGUAAAAUAACAGACAUAUUCACAAAAAUGUUUAUGGACUCUCACACAAAGGUGUUUAGUUUAUUUCUCGAUACGCUGAAUGAAUUAAUCGUGACCCAUCACGAGGACCUUGGUGAUUGGCUGUACGUUCUCUGUACGAAAUUGCUCAACAAAUUGGGAACGGAUUUACUGGCAUCAAUUCAAUCGAAAAUAAACAGAACACUCGAUGUGAUCAGAGAUUACUUUCCAGGGGAGCAGCUUCUCCCCUGCAUAAUGCGUUUCCUCACCGAUCCAACACAGAAGCCCAACUCACGCGUUAAAACCUCCACCCUGACUUUCCUCAGUCACGUUACCGAAUCAUCAGAGCCAUCGGGGCUCAACUCCUCAUGCAAAUCAGCUCUAGUACGUCUCCUGGACUGGACCAACGACGUUAAAUCCCAAGAUGUUCGGCGUCAUGCUCAGGAUGCUGUUAUUGCCCUUUACAACCUCAAUCCACCUCAAUUUCCAAUGAUUCUCAAUGAACUACCCCAACUUUACCAGGACAUCGCAAUGCCAAUAAUCCAAACUCACCUUCGACGCUCCUCUACCUCUGCAUCAGCCUCUGCAUCUGCAUCAGCUUCAGCUUCCACAUCCAAUCCAGCCUCCCCAAACACUCAUCUUCCCUCCAGACAUCAUUUGCCUCCAUCACCCAUGAAAAUCAACUGCCACGAUGAAAGUCUCAAUGCAGAGGAUUUCAUUAAAUCAUUGAGAAGGACAACAGCUGAAAUACAGAAUUUUAGCUUCGAGAGAAUGGAGGGACCCACUACAUCCAAGGACUCUGGUAUAUCCAAUAUGGCCGAUGUAGAAGAGAGAAUUGAGUGUUUGGCACUAUCAAAUUCAGGGAGAUCUUCGUCAGUCUCAUCACCAACUCAGAGGAUGAGAUCAGUGAGUUCAGUAGCAACGAUUAAUGGUAAUGGCAGUGACACAAUUGCUAGUGAUUCAAUUAUUCCUGAGAGGAGGAAUAAUGGAUUUGAUAGUACGUCUGGAUUAAGGGGUCCGGAGUUUGUUGACAAGAGCCUGAGGCUUCUACAAAGCGAUGUUGAGGCUAGUGAGAAAGCCAAUUUGCUACAAGAUUUUCAGAGUUACGUGCGAGCUGAUGGGGCGCCCUUAAUCAAGCUCCAGUUCAAAAAAUUUCUCAAGACAAUGCUCGAGUUGUUGGCCACUAAUAAUAAACCACUGGAGAUCGAGGUACUCAAGACUCUGGUGGAGAUGUUGAGGUGCAGAGAACUGUUGGAUAAUUUUCAGCCCUAUGUGGAUUUGCUGGUGAUUAAAGUGCUCGAUGAACAUAAGCCAGAUGCCUAUGAUCCAAGCUCUGGGAGCCCUAGAAGAGGUGGCCAUGGGCCCACUGAUGGAGCCACUAAACCACUUCAACUUUUGAAGGCGGCUGAGGAUUGUGCUGCAGUGAUAGCCACUGUACUACCUCCUUCUCAAAUUCUUCAUCUGGCUCUACCCACCAUUCAGACAGAAUCAUUUCCAAGGAAUGUCGCUGCUAUCAAGAUGAUACAGAAUGUCGUCGAGCACGGAGGAAAGGCAGCUAUUGAGGGAGAACUCAAUGGCAUCAUGACUAUUUUAAUGCAAGCUUACGACAACAACGAAAGUAUAGUUCGAAAGGCGGCAGUCUUUUGCAUGGUAGCAAUUCACGCAGCAAUAGGCGAGGAGGCAUUCGAGCCAUACAAGAAAAAUCUCUACGGUGGAAAAUUAAAACUCUUGAACAUCUAUAUUCAGAAGGCUCAGGAAGCCUCCAGCAGUCAAUCAUCAAGUCCACGCAGUAAUCACAGUAGGAAUUAACUAAGAACAAGCGCCGCGACUCUACGUGUUGCAAUAUUAAAACGUUUCUCACGUAUUCAACGGAGGCACGAAUUAUUGUUGCUGAAAUUCAAUUGGUAAAUACCCAAAUCACAACACUAUUUCAAUAAAAUCAACGAGAAAUUAUUGAUUAGAAAGCCGCUUUUUGCGCCCAACAAAAAUUUAUAUUAUGUUAUAUAUAUAUGAAAAAAAAAA